AUGUCAAGAUUUCUAUGUUCUAUUAAUUUAUUUUCUUCUAAGAUAUAUCAAUCCAGUAUUAAAAAUCAGAAACUUUUUGAAAUUAAGCUAAUAAGAAAUAUUUGUUCAUCAAGACCACUAUUUAAAGUGAUAUCUAACCAGCCAUUGCGUGCCAAAGAAGCACAAGGUCCUAUUAAUCCUAAAUAUACAGUUGUUGAUCAUGAAUAUGAUGUUGUUGUUGUUGGUUCUGGAGGGGCAGGUUUAAGAGCAGCAUUUGGUCUUGCAGAGGCAGGAUAUAAUACUGCAUGUAUUACCAAACUUUUUCCAACACGAUCACAUACAGUUGCUGCUCAAGGUGGUAUCAAUGCAGCACUUGGGAAUAUGACAGAAGAUGAUUGGAGAUGGCAUAUGUAUGACACAGUUAAAGGUUCAGAUUGGCUUGGAGAUCAAGACGCAAUUCAUUAUAUGUGCCGUGAAGCACCUCGUUCUGUAAUUGAGCUUGAGCAUUUUGGCGUACCUUUUUCAAGAACUAAAGAUGGGAAAAUUUACCAGCGUGCUUUUGGUGGUCAAUCUUUAAAUUUUGGAAAAGGUGGUCAAGCAUACCGUUGUGCAGCUGUUGCAGAUCGUACAGGACAUGCUAUUCUUCAUACACUUUAUGGACAAAGUUUAAAGCAUAACACUAAUUUUUUUAUAGAAUAUUUCGCUCUAGAUUUGCUUAUGGAAGGUGAUACAUGUGUAGGUGUUAUUGCUUUAAGUAUGGAAGAUGGAACUAUACACCGAUUUCAUUCUCACAAAACUAUUUUGGCAACUGGCGGCUAUGGAAGAGCAUAUUUUUCAUGUACUUCUGCACAUACAUGUACAGGUGAUGGGAAUGCUAUGGUGCAACGUGCAGGAUUGCCUCUAUCAGAUCUUGAAAUGGUUCAAUUUCAUCCUACUGGUAUUUAUGGUGUUGGAUGUUUGAUCACAGAAGGUUCUAGAGGAGAAGGAGGUUAUCUUGUAAACUCAGAAGGUGAACGUUUUAUGGAACGAUAUGCACCUACUGCAAAAGAUCUUGCAUCUAGGGAUGUUGUUUCAAGAUCUAUAACUAUAGAAAUUCGUGAAGGAAGAGGGACGGGUCCUUUAAAGGAUCAUAUACAUUUGCAACUAUCUCAUUUACCAGCAGAGGUAUUACGUGAACGACUUCCUGGAAUAAGUGAAACAGUAUCUAUUUUCUGUGGUAUUGAUGUUACUAAAGAACCAAUUCCUGUAUUACCUACUGUGCAUUAUAAUAUGGGAGGAAUACCUACAAAAUUUACAGGACAAGUAAUCACAUUAGAUAAUGAAGGGAAUGACAAAAUUGUUCCAGGACUUUAUGCAGCAGGUGAAGCAGCAUGCGUUUCUGUGCAUGGUGCAAACCGUUUGGGUGCAAAUUCAUUAUUAGAUAUUAUUGUAUUUGGUCGUGCAUGUGCUAAUCAUAUUAAAGAAACGCUUGAACCUAACACUCCAUGUAAACCUCUUUCAAACGAUGCAGGUCUUAAUUCUAUCAAGAAUCUCGAUAAACUAAGAAACGCUAAUGGGUCUCUUCCUACUGCAAAAAUUCGAUUGAAUAUGCAAAGAGUUAUGCAAACAGACGUUUCUGUUUUUCGAACUGAAGAAUCUUUGCAAAAGGGUGUAGAAAAUAUAAUCAAAGUUGACGAAAGCUUUAAAGACGUUAGAGUUACUGAUAGAGGUUUAAUAUGGAAUACCGACUUAAUAGAAACACUUGAAUUACAAAAUCUUUUAACUAAUGCAUGUCAAACAGCAUAUUCUGCAUUAGCUAGAAAAGAGUCUCGAGGUGCACAUGCACGUGAAGAUUACAAAGAGAGAGAUGAUGAAAAUUGGAUGAAACAUACACUAAGUUGGCAAGAUCCUAUAACAAAAAAAGUUACAUUAAGAUAUAGACCUGUUAAAUCUCAAACAUUGGAUGAGAAUGAAUGUAAACCAGUUCCUCCUUUUAAAAGAUAUUAUAUAAAUAGAUAUUUUGAAUCUUAA